CACGGUUUCUUCCGGUUCCCUCCGCCGACGCUUCUUCCUUUCUGCCCGCUAACCCCGAAGAGAACACGCGUUCACCUUCCGAGCUCAAGAUGCGUUACGUUGCUGCAUACCUGCUCGCUGCCCUGGGAGGCAAUGAAACCCCUGAAUCCAAGGACAUCAAGAAGAUCCUGGAAAGUGUUGGCAUUGAGGCCGAUGAUGCCUGCAUGACCAAGGUCAUUUCUGAGCUCAAGGGAAAGAAUGUGAAUGAGGUGAUCGCAUCAGGUUACGGUAAACUGGCCAGCAUGCCAGCAGGUGGUGCCGUGGCUGUUGCCAGCUCUGCGGCUGCAGGUGGAGCCGCAGCCCCUGCUGCAGCUGCUGUUGAGGAGAAGGAAGAGAAGAAAGAGGAAUCUGAGGCGUCUGAUGAUGACAUGGGAUUCGGCCUGUUCGACUAAACUUUUUCAAAACAUGAAUAAAGUUUAUAAAAAAACUCUUCUCUUAAGAUCUUUUUUUUUUUUUUACAAUUCGCCCUCCUUUAAACCACAUUUUGUGUUGAGUAGAUGGUAAACUGCUGUUUUACGCUGCUAACUAUAAAGCUCCCUGUAACAAAAUAGUUUUCAAAUUUGAUUUGACCAACUAGUGCAUUUUCUCACUGGAUUGAAGUUUCAAAAUGUAUUGACUGAUCAAAAUUGACAGCUAAGCAAUUUCAUAGGACAAGUGUCAAUAUGAGUUGUAGGAUGUCAGUGUUCAGUCUUUAGGUCCAAUUGUGCCACAGGACAACGGUUUCUUUCUACCAUAUUACAUCCAGUACCGGACCAUGACUUGUCUAAUUGAGUGGUAUGGCCAACAGAUGGUGGUAUUGAGUGUCUGACUAGUGCAGUAUGUCAAUGUUGGCUGCUGUGUCUAAGGGGUGCUGAAUUAUCCAUGGGAAAAGAUUCCUACACCAGACUCAACAACUCUGCACCUGUUCAAUACUUAGUAUAACAACCCUACGGCUGUAGGUGAUGUGCACGCUGUUUACCUCUAUAAGAGGGCAUAUAUAUUAAUAGAUAAAAAUAAUAAAAUCAUUUAUUUCUA